AACCUCUCUGUAUAUGUUUUCUUUCUAUUUAUUAAUUCGCAUUUAUCUAUGGAUCAAAAUUGCAUCAUAGUUGCAUCUUUGCAUAAAAUUAUAAUUUGCAGAGAUACAAUAUUGUUGACGAGAAAUAAUAACAUUUCUGUUAUAUCGUCGUAUAAAUAUUUAUAAUGGUCUCAGCAUGGGAAGAUUUUUAUGCAAUGCAUCCACCUCCUCAGGAUUUGAAGGAGAAUGAGAAUGCUCUAAAGGAAUUUACCAAAAAGCAUUUAGAUGAGGGUAAUAAAGUAGUACUAGUGACGAGUGGAGGUACAACUGUACCCUUAGAACAUAAUACAGUGAGAUUUGUGGAUAACUUUAGUGCAGGCACAAGAGGAUCUGUUUCGGCAGAAUAUUUUUUGGAGCAUGGAUAUACAGUUAUUUUUAUGUAUAGAGUCAAAUCCUUGGAACCAUUUUCAAGACAUUUCACUGGACAAAAGUUUUUAGACUUGCUUCAAAUAUCGGAUAAUAAUAAUGAGACUCCUGUUAUCACAGUUUCACCAGAAUAUACACAAAAGGUAGCAAUAGUACUGCGAAAAUAUAGAGAAGCAUUUGAUCAAAGAAAAUUGUUACAACUUACUUUCACGACUCUUCCUGAAUAUCUCUGGCUGCUCCGAUCUGCUUGCCAAAUACUAGCACCUCUGGAAAAUAGAGCUAUUUUAUAUUUAGCAGCAGCAGUCUCAGAUUUUUACAUUCCAUCUAAUGAAAUGUCAGUCCAUAAAAUUCACUCAAGUGGACCACCAACUAUAUCUCUUCAAUUAGUACCAAAAAUAUUAGCUCCAUUAGUCAGUUUAUGGGUACCAAAAGCAUUUGUAGUCUCUUUUAAAUUAGAAACUGAUGAAAGCUUGCUAAUUUCUAAGGCAAGAAAUGCUCUUGACAAAUAUCACCAUAAUCUUGUAAUAGCAAACAUGUUGCAAAAUAGAAAGCAACAAGUGAUAAUUGUAAGCAAAGAGACUGAUUAUAUUCUAUCUCUUACAAAUGAGCAAUUAAAUAAUGGUGACGAGAUUGAACAAUUAAUUGUAAAUGACAUUAUUGAAAAGCAUACAAAAUUUAUAUGGUCUAAAAAAGUUUAAUUAGUUGAACAGUUUUAGCCAAAUAUUUAAAAUAUUAGAUUUUAUAUAUACAUUAAAUGCAUUUUAAAAAGCUUAUAGGUUUUAAAGCUUAAAUAAGUUUUG